AAUAGCAGUUAAAAUUAGUAAACUGGCACAGUAUUUCUCCUAAGUUCUGAAUCCACAACCAAUGCCAUUGCCACCAACAGCCCCUUUUGGCGGCAUUGAAGUUGCCUGUGUAAUUAAUUAUUAAAAUUAGAUUUAUUUAUUGAUUUAUUAUUUUUUACAAAACAAAGAAACAGAGAUUGAGAUUUCCGCGACGGAGGGAAGGAGGAAGAAGAAGGCGAUGGCGAGUUUGUUCGUAGGUCUCAUCACCUUCUUCGUCCUCAUAGCUCUUCUCGCCCUUAUAGGUUAUCAGCUGAUGUGUUUUGCGGAUUUGGACCCUUUACUUGAUUUGGCGGCACGGAUAAACAAGGUUGUCGUGCCGGAGUUCGUAGUACAAGCUGUUUUCUGUUUUGUGUGUACAGCGACAGGGCAAGGUUUUUUGUGUUUCAUGUCACUCCCGAAUUUACACUACAAUUUCGAAUUGUACAGAUCGAAAAGGCACUUGGUUGAUGUAGCUGAACUCGGAAAAGAAGCAACGACUUCUUAAAUUUGGCUAUGUUAUACUCAUUUUUGUUGUUUUUCUAUCUGGGUAAUUUACCAUCAUUUUGAUAUCAUUAUAAUUUGGCCUUUUUCUUUUCUCAAGGGAUUCCCUUCAUCUCUUUUCAGGUUGCUUUGUACUGUAGGAAUUGAUGAUUGUUAAAACAGAGUUUGGUGAAUAAUUCCACCAAUGUUAAAACAGGUUCCUUUCUCUUUUCUGCACUUCAUAUCUUAUAUGAGAGAAUCAUGUUUAGGUGUCUUUCUUUAAUUCCCCUGUGCACACCUCUGCUUUAUUUUUAUUCAGGAUUUUAUUAAUGCCUUACUUGGACACGUCAUA